AACCAGUCAACUGUACUGAAACUUUGGAUGGGAAUGAGUUUAACAAUUUUUUUAAAAGGAUAGUCUGUUCUCUCUCUUCCUGGUCUAUAUAUAAACCUGAAGCCUCAUGGUUUUGUUGCAGACCCACUUACUUUUCCUGACUGCCAACGAACUGCCUCCAAGUAUCAUAAUCUCUGCCUUCUCUUCCAUCACCUUCUUGAAAGCUAGCAUUUUUUUAAACUUUCAAAGCUCUCAAAAAUGGCAGCCUUUUCAUACCAACACCACCAUCCUUUUCUUCUUGACUCUGUUAACUUGGCAAAUACUGAUCCUGUUAAGGUGUCUGGAUUUAUGGAGGAAGGAAAUAAUAAUAUCAAUAAUUCCAACUUAUUCUCUCACUUUUACCCACCCAAACCUCUUCCUCUUGACGUCAGAGUCCGUAAGACUAGCUGUCUUGAUUACAGUUCAAAGGUUGCUCUUAGUGAUAAUGGGCCUUCUGUGACCAAAAAACAAAGCACAGAGGUGGAUAAGCUUGAAAGUGGUGAGCAGGUCACUCAGGCUCCCCCUGACAUGGACAAGAAGAGGAAAAACAGAGACGGUUCUUCUCCAAAUUCUGCUCAAUCUAAGGAUCGGAGUGAAGUGAAAAGUAAGAAGCAAAGAAAAUGCAAAAAUACCCAGAAAGAUGAAGAAGAUUUGAAAUCAGAAGCUGAAAAGAAAGAAAAGAAGAAACUUUCAGAUGAACAGCCACCUACUGGUUAUAUUCAUGUUAGAGCAAGAAGGGGUCAGGCAACAGACAGCCACAGCUUAGCUGAAAGGGCAAGAAGAGAGAAAAUUAGCAAGAAGAUGAAAAUAUUGCAAAAACUUGUGCCUGGCUGUGACAAAGUAACUGGAAAGGCCCUCAUGUUGGAUGAAAUUAUCAAUUAUGUGCAGUCCCUGCAGAAUCAAGUAGAGUUUCUGUCGAUGAAGCUUGCUUCUGUAAAUCCCUUGCUCUAUGAUUUUGGACUGGACCUAGACAUGUACAUCGGCAGACCAGAGAGAUUGAAUGCCAUUACUUCACCAAUGUCACCUAUGCCACAACGCAGCCCCUGCCCUGCCCAGCUCACAACUUUUUCCCAUACUACCACCACUUAUACCACAUCUGAUAGCUAUCCUUUUGCGGCGGCGUCACAAUUACUUCAACAAGAGCAGAGGACAAGUGCCUUCUCUCAGGAUAAUGGUGGUCUAUUUUGGGAUGCGGAGGACCAAAAACAAAGGUUUCUUAAUCCAUAUGGGUUCACCAACAGCCAUUAAUGUUUGAAUAUAGCUGCCCUACAAACAUCUUGCUUACCGGGAGAUUUGAUAGCCCAACCAAAACCAGAAAAAAUAAAUAAAAAUGAAACUUACAGAGCAGCGAGGCAUGAAAAACAAUCGACAGAAAGCUUCUUUUUAAAGCAUAAGUUCCGAUGGAGAGGGAUUCUUUCUUCACCUGGAGAAUUAAAGCUCUGGUUCUAAUAAGAGUAAAGCGGCAUCUCAACGUGAAUAAUAAAAGGGCAGCAAAAUCAAUGGAUGAAAAGAAACAACACCAGCAACAGGCCAGAUAAGACUAGAUAUUUUAACAGAUCCCUUGUUCCUGUCCAUUUUGACACCAAAAAGUUGCGCGUGCACAAAUUCGAAGAAUCUCUUGUCGUUAAAUCCAGAAACUUAUCUCAUGUAAAAUUUCAUAUUUUAUAUAAUAUAAAACGAUAGCUAGACAUGCAAAAAUAAGCGCUGUUUUUGUAUUUGCAGAUAAUCCAAACUUAAAGUCAA